UUUACUUGGAGGUAGACCAGAACCUUUUUGUAGCUCGGCCCAUAUCCCUCAACCUCUUUCUCUUCUCAAUUUUUGAUCUUUUCCUUCUCUUUGACUCGAGCGAAUUCUUCAUCAUCAAAUUCAUAAACACAGACAUAAUGGCUGAGAGCUACCACAAGGAGGUCAUUGCUGGCCUUAAGGACAAGAGCCUUUUCAUCCAGGAUGCUUUCAUCGAUGGAAAAUGGGUUUCCAAGGAGAACAAGUUCGACGUUUUCGAGCCCUCCACUGCCACCGUCCUUGGCCAGGUUGCCAACUGUGCCCUCGAGGAUUUCCAGACUGCUAUUAAGAGCGCCGAUGCUGCCCAGACAAAGUACUUUGAGAGCACAACUGGUGCCAGCCGUGGCGCCCUUCUGAGGAAGUGGUAUGACCUGGUUCUCUCUCACCAGGAGGACCUCGCCAAGAUCCUCUCUCUUGAGAACGGAAAGACAUACGCCGAAGCCCUGGGUGAGGUUAUCUACUCUGCCAGCUUCAUCUCCUGGUUCGCCGAAGAGGCCACUCGAUCCUACGGCGUCACCAUCCCCUCAUCCUCUCCUCACACCACCCUCAUGACCAUCCGCGAGCCCGUCGGUGUUUGCGGUAUCAUCACCCCCUGGAACUUCCCAGCCGCCAUGAUCACCCGCAAGAUCGCUCCCGCUCUGGCCGCCGGAUGCUCCGUCGUCAUCAAGCCCCCCUCCGAGACUCCCUACUCCGCCCUUGCUUUCACUAAGCUCGCCAUCGAGGCCGGUCUCCCUCCUUCCACCAUCCAGGUUCUUCCCACUCGCGACCGCCAGGCUGCUACUGAGCUAUGCACAAACCCUCUCGUCAAGAAGAUCUCUUUCACUGGUUCUACUGGCGUUGGAAAGUACCUUGCUAAGCUUGCUGCUGGUACCUUAAAGAAGCUUAGCUUGGAGCUUGGUGGAAACGCUCCUUUCAUUGUCUUUGAGGAUGCUGAUCUUGACCUCGCUGCCGAAGGUGCCAUGUUCUGCAAGUUCCGAUGCUCUGGCCAGACCUGUGUCUGUGCCAACCGACUCUACGUCCAGAAGAGUGUCGCCAAGGAGUUCACUGCCAAGCUCGUCGAGAAGGUCAACGCUCUGAAGAUGGGCGGUGGUCUCGACAAGUCUACUACCCAAGGUCCUCUCGUCAACAAAUCUGCCGUCGACAAGGUCAAGGAGCACAUCGCCGAUGCCACUUCUAAGGGCGCCAAGAUCGCUACCGGCGGCAGCACCCCCGACAGCCCCGGAUUCUUCCACCAGCCUACUGUCCUUACUGGCGUUACACAAGAAAUGGCCGUCGCCAAGGACGAGACAUUCGGACCUCUUGCCCCCGUCUUCGAGUUCGACACAGAGGAGGAUGCCAUCCGUCUGGCCAACGACACCGAGUUCGGUCUUGCUGGAUACUUCUUCUCCAAGGAUAUCAGCCGUGUCAUGCGUGUUGCCCACAAGAUGCAAGUCGGCAUGGUCGGUGCGAACACAGGCAAGAUCAGUGCUGCUGAGGCACCCUUCGGCGGUGUCAAGGAGAGCGGCUACGGAAAGGAGGGUAGUUUGUAUGGUAUGGCUGAGUACCAAAACAUCAAGUCUAUCACCAUUGGCAACCUCAACAAUUAGAGUGGGAGUUGCAUAAAAGCAUUUGAGCGAGCAAAAAGGGAUUGGUUUUAUUUAGCAUGGUAAUGACGAGGUGGGAAAGCCUCACAGAAUAACGACCGAGAUCAAAAACAUGAUCUCUUAAAUAAAAAGAGUAAAAUAUCAGCCUUGAUUGUGAUAAUAUCUGUUCAAAAUUGUUCACUCAAUAGUUGAUCAUCAAGUUAAUC